AUGGCACAUAGCGAGUUGUUCCUAAAAUUUGAGAAAUAUGAAUUCGACCGCGACGAAACGUUUCAAAAAGGUUUGCAAAGUAUUCUAGCUUCUCGUGAAGACAAACCACAGGAAAGAGAGACAUUGAUACAAAAGGCAAAAUUCUUUUAUUUCUUGAAAACUGUUAAUACAAAAAUCGACUAUGAUGAGUACAUAGCGUGGAAGCUGAAUGUAAACAGCGUUGAUAAUUCGUCAACUGAGACAGAAGUCUGCCCGCCGCAAAAUGAUGUAAAUGCACAACUUACGUCGCAAAAUCUAGAGAUAUCGACAACAACAACUUCUGAUAACAAUCCACCGUAUUCUCGCUCAUUUCAAGAAAUAGUCAAAAUGAUAGCAGCCGGCGAGAUGCCACCAGUGCGACAAAUCCCUGACGAACUCAACAAAAACCCUCCAAAGCCGUCAACCAUGGAACCAAAACAAAAGCCGUGGAAACGAGUCUCUUGA